CCAGCACCUUAUCUAUACGGAGUCAAUUUGGGGAACCUUGAAUUUUCUUCUCAUCAUGUGCAUACACGAUGAGUCUGUAUCGCAGGAGGAACUCCGGCCUGGCGGGCACUGAGCUUUCCUGAGUGAGUUACCCCGCCCCCGCGUUCCACUUGUUAGGCUGUCGUGGGUCUCAAAGUUUGCCCGUAGCUAACCUCCACACCAGAACAUCAUCCACGGCCGAGAUCUUCCGAUCGCCAUUACAAGAACACCACUCUUCUGGUCAAUUUUCAGUUGACCUCGUUUUCCGAGCUGCCCGAGGCCAGCGCGUUCGCCCUCUCGCAAUCCGCAUACCCAAACAGCCCAUACAAACGGAACAUCAUCAACCCUCAACAUGACCAACCCUGAAACGCCCCCGAUCAAAGUCGGCACGCGGCGCUCCGCCCUCGCCCUGCGCCAAACCGAGCUGGUGAUCGCCGCGCUCCAGAAAGCCCACCCGCACCUGACCUUCGAGGUGCGCGCGAUGGCCACCAUGGGGGACCGCGACAAGACGACGCCGCUGCCGGCGCUGGGCAAGGGCCUGUGGACGACCGAGCUGGAGGCCAAGCUGAUGGCGCGCGAGGUCGACGUGAUCGUGCACUCGCUCAAGGACAUGCCGACGGCGCUGCCGGCGGGCUGCGCGCUGGGGUGCGUGCCGGCGCGCGAGGACCCGCGCGACGUGGUCGUGUUCAGCCGGCGGCACGAGCGCGACGCGCGCUACCGGCGGCUCGGCGACCUGCCCGCCGGCGCCGUCGUCGGCACGAGCAGCGUGCGGCGCGCCGCCCAGCUCCGCAGGCGGUACCCCGGCCUGGUGUUCCGCGACGUGCGGGGGAAUAUCGACACGCGGCUGCGGAAGUGCGACGAGGAGGGCUUCGACGCCAUCAUUCUCGCCGCGGCGGGGCUGUUGAGGCUAAACUAUGGCGACAGGAUCGCGCAUUACCUGGACGCGGACACCGAAGGUGGCGGGCUGCUGCACGCGGUCGGCCAGGGCGCGCUGGGGCUGGAGGUGCGGGAGGACGACCAGAGGAUGAAAGAGGUGUUGAAGGCGAUUGAGGAUCCGCCGACCAUGAUGGCGUGCCUUGCGGAGCGGAGUGUCAUGCGCACGCUGGAGGGAGGGUGCAGUGUGCCGAUUGGUGUCCAGACGUCGUGGGUCGAGGAAGAGGAGGGCGGCCAGAAGAAGAAGAAGCUGAGGCUACGGGCAACGGUGGUUAGCCUGGAUGGCAAGGAAGCCGUUGACGGCGACAGGACGCAAGAGGUCACCAGCCUGGAAGAGGCGGAGGCCAUGGGCAAGCAAUUGGCACAGGAGCUGGCCGGGAUGGGCGGCCAGAAAAUCCUCGACGACAUCAACAAGGGGCGCGUAUCAGGGGCGGCGCUCAAGGUCAGCGACGCCUGAGGGGAAAUAGGAAAUUGGCGGAUAUCUCAUUGGGAUUAGCCCUGCAGCGCGGGCUUCCCGUUGUACAACACAAUUACUUUUAGAGCUCUCCAACUGCGAGUUAUCAACUAGACAUUUGCUCUGGAGGGAGCUGUUGAGAUCUUCCCCUGUCUAGGCAGACCAUGCGCGUACGUUUCGGUUUGCAUCGCCAGUUUCUGCUUG